AGAUAUAUUUUAUUUAAUUGUAAAUUUAUGUAUAUAUUAUAUUUAUCGUACAGUCGUGGUCAAAAAGGUUGUCCAACGUUUUAUGAUAUAUUUCGGAAAUACAGUCUAUCACGCGAGAGAUUAUGGCUUUUAUUCACGAAUAUGUGUAGUAACGCAUUGUUAGAGCAAAAGAAUGAUAUGUACGAAUAUCUAUGCAAUGAUACAGGGUGUUUACCGGGAACCGCAUGUUUUUGUAUUGGGUAGUACACGGCAAGUAGUGGGGGGAUGGCGGUUGGGAAGGUCCUAUUGUGUAGAGGGGAGUUAGAAGUUUCAGUUACACUCAAAAUUUGGGACCUUGAGCACCGCACUUUUGUUAUGAGACGAUUUUACGCUAACGGUGAGUCCGUGACCCAAACCCAACGAGACUUUCGCCGGCACUUCAAUGUUCCGCCGCGUGGGCCGAUUCCGGAUCGUAACACAAUUUUGAGGUGGAUGCAAAAACCACGCACAUUACCAGAGUUGAAGGAAGCCAUCCGAAGAGAAAUCCAAGCCAUUCCAUGAGAAAUGUUACAAGAUUCAAUGCGUAACUUCAGGGAACGUCUGGAAACAUGUGUUCAAUCGGAAGGGCACCAUCUACGCGAUGUUAUUUUUGCUACUUAAUUUUUUGUAAGAUUGUCUUAAAAUUCCGAGUUGGUAGAACACAUUGUUUAAAAAAAAUACAUUUUGGUUCAAAAUUUAAAAAAUUGUGGCUUUUUGAAAACCAUGCGAUUCCCGGUAAACACCCUGUACAUACGAAUACUCCGAAAACUUAUUGUAAAACGUCGGCCAACCUUUCUGACCAUGAUCGUACAUAACAUUAACCAAUGAAAACGCGACUGCUGUCUACCAACGUUGCGCAUGCGCAAGAAUUCAGUACAUAGAUUUUGGGGCCAUGUAUUUGACGGGAGUUCGCUAUAGCGAUCUAGUAUAUAGUAUAGAUAUCUGUGGGUGGCACCUCCGUCGCAAAUCAACGAAGGAGGAGAACGGCCCGUAUAAGGGCCCGGCCCAAAGAAAAGGGCUCAGAAGAGCGCGAAGCCACCAUAGACAUAGUAUUGUUAUGCCCGUGCUCGGAUGCGACGCCCUGGGAGUGCGCGCCAGCCGCGGGCUGAAGUCGCGGCGGUUUAAAAGAUCGGUCGCGAAGGACCGAUGCGCGGUUGUUGAUGAUUGAUUUUGUGAUUCUGUCUCUGGGCUCUUGGAGAGUACAGACGUGUGUUCUUUACUAAAUAAAGUUCCCUUGUUGAUUUCCAAUCUUUAUUGAUUUCUUCGCGGCCCGGUGGUGUGCGCCGCGAGCGGAAGUCGAGCCGACGAGUGCGCGAGUGCGCGAGAUGUCGUGUGGACGGCGGAGCCGGACGCAACAUUUUGGGGGCUCGUCCGAUCGGACGAGUGAAGACGAGCAACGGCUGCCCCGAGGAGGAAAAGAGCUCGAGCGCGUUCUCCCCCAGCGGACGCUGCAGAGCCCGUUAUGGAGGCGCAAUUCCUACAAGGACUGCUGCAGGAGAUACAUGGGAUGCGCGAAAAUCAGGCGCGAAGGGAGGAAGAACUUCGAGCGACGCUUCGCCAACGGGAUGAGGAGCUGCAGCUUUUACGGACCUCCCAGAUAAGUCUAUCCAAUAACAGAGCCGCCGGGGAUUUCGAAACGCGAAGUGCAAACGCGGACGCGUUUAGUAACAGUUAUCCGCGAUCGGAGCUCGGGUUUAAAAUAAAGCCCGACACAUUCGACGGUACCACUUCGUUGCGCGAGUUCUUUUCACAGUUCGAACUAAUCGUGCGUGCGAACUGUUGGACAGAUGCCACAAAGACCGUGGUACUCGCUUCGUGCUUACGAGGGAAGGCGCGUUCGGUUUUAGAGACGGUCGAGGAUUUGACUAAUCUUGAGUAUUCGGAGCUUAAGUCUAAGCUCGAGUUACGUUUCGGAGAGGUAUAUUUAUCCCAAAAUUGCUAUACGCAAUUUAUUAAUCAAAAACAGAGAUUCGGUGAAGAUUUGGCCGCGUACGGUAUAGAGUUAGAGAGGCUUUCGCGCCUCGCUUACGCAGAGUGCCCCCACGACGUUCGCGAUAAAAUUGCAUGUGCGCAAUUUGUUUCGGGUGUCUAUGAUGGUUUUACAAGGCGAACCCUUCAAUUGGAAGGAAUUUCGUCUUUGAAUUUGGCCGUCGAAAGAGCGAAAGGGAUUGAAAUAAUUCAAGGGGAAAGUUUCGAAAGGGGAAAAGGGAAUUUUUAUGGGAGCGGUGUUAUUAAAGAAAGGAAAGCUACAGAGGAAGGGUUGGAGAACGGGAGCGGGCGCGAAAAGAAAUCCGCCUACGGACGCGAGUGUUGGUCCUGCGGGAAAAUCGGGCAUUUCCGCUCUGAGUGUCCUGUCGCAAAAGAAAACGAGGACUAAUUGACCUCAAUGGGGGAGGUCAACUUUUCCGGGAAAUUCCCCAAGAAGGGUUUAAUGAUAGGGACUGGAGCCCGUGUAAAUAUAGACACUCUGGAUUUUUGUUCAAAAAGUUUUCUGCGUGGUUUUUCUGUUUUAGGUUUAGUAAAAUUCCAUGUGAUGAUGAGGUCUCUAAGGAGGAUCGCUCUGAAAGAAGACUUUCUUUAAGAAUUAAGAAGACUGCCCUGCCCACGGUUUUUAGAAUCGGGGUUUUCCCGUGCGGCCUUUGGGCGAAUGCCGGGGCAGGGACAGGGAGAGCCCUUGUGGGCGAAGGGUCCCUGUGUAGUUUCCCCUUCCCUGUCCGAAGAGGGAAGAGUCAAGCGCACAAGACGACUCAGGGAAGAAUCAAGUGCGCAAGAGGACUCAAGUAGGACGUCGUCGAGCGGCAUGCGGGUUCCGCAGAGUGCGAAGUUAUUUUUUGGCAGAGUUCAGGCAGGAAGAGGAUGCCAUGGAGCCAGCUAUGGGAGGAGGAGUCUGGUUGACUCUCCUCCGGGGACGCUGGUCUAGGAUUCCGGCAGGAAGAGGAUGCCCUGGAACCAGCUAUGGGGGGAGAAGUCUGGAUGGCUCUCCGGGGACGCUGGUCUGGGAUCCAAGUCUGAUGCCGGAAAGAAGCUACCGGAAAGAGGAUGCCCUGGAACCAGCUAUGGGGGGAGGAGUCUGGAUGGCUCUUCUCCGGGGACGCUGGUCUGGGAUCCAAGUUCGAAGUCGGAAAGAAGCUGCCAGAAUUUUACUGCCCCCCUGCUUAGAUUGUCGGGGCGACAAUCUUAAGAAGAGGAGGGGUAGUGUUAUGCCCGUGCUCGGAUGCGACGCCCUGGGAGUGCGCGCCAGCCGCAGGCUGAAGUCGCGGCGGUUUAAAAGAUCGGUCGCAAAGGACUGAUGCGCGGUUGUUCAUGAUUGAUUUUGUGAUUCUGUCUCUGGGCUCUUGGAGAGUACAGACGUGUGUUCUUUACUAAAUAAAGUUCUCUUGUUGAUUUCCAAUCUUUAUUGAUUUCUUCGCGGCCCGGUGGCGUGCGCCGCGAGCGGAAGUCGAGCCGACGAGUGCGCGAGUGCGCGAGGUGUCGUGUGGACGGCGGAGCCGGACGCAACAGUAUAUAUAGACUGCGCAUUGUGGCUGCAGACGUUUGCACACCUGAGAAAGAGACAACAUGCUUACGUAGUAGCUCUUUCUCUGUCUAUCUAUUGUUCCUCUACUCUUUUGUUUACCCCCACUACUUCAUUUCGACAAAGAUAAAGACACUGCGAACACCAGCUAUCUCGUUCUAAAGUUGGCACAUGUUUUCACGCGAGUAAAGUAGGGAACGCGCAGUCUAUAUAUACUAUGUCUAUGGAAGUCACGCGCGGCGCGGGACCACCCGGAAGUAAUGUAUUGCAGUUCCCGGGUGACCCCAUCAAGCGCAGAGAAGUCCACCCUCGGUGGUUUUAGUGCGGUAGGCGCCCCCAUUGCACACUGGCCUCGAAGUGUCAUAUAUACUCGAGUGCCAGGGGGGCGAGUCCCACACACCCCUCUGUGUCCCAGCAGGUCGAGAGGUGAUGGUCCAUGAGGAUUUCCACCGGGUAAACAAAAAAGCUUUUCUCUUUUUAACUAAAGUGAAUUUUGUGUUAAUUAAAAUUGGCGUACUUAUGACAUUGUUACGCCAAGCUAUCUUAUUAUUUUAAGAAGACUUGGCUAAAACUAAUUUCUCUUAUUUCAUUACAAAACACUAGUAGGAUUCCCAAUUCUUUUCUUUAAUCUUACCACACUCAAAGAGGCACCUGUAGAUGGCUAUAUUCCAGAAAAGUUUGCAACUUGCUUAAAAAUGAUAUUUGUAUUAUCACGCGAGGGAUAAUACCGUGAGACAUUAACGUGAAAUCAGUUAUAUUGUACAUGUCUGUAAAUCGCACUCAUAAAUUGGAUGUUGUAACCAUGGAGAAUGUAUAAGGAGACCGAACUAGGUCUGGAUCACGUCACCGAAAGUGGGCCGACAUUUUUGCCAUCCAGUGAAUCAAAAUUUUGCCACUUGUAGCGCUGGCGUCGCCUUACGCGAUUAAGAAUUCGCCCAUGAGUUUACCGAUCUUGAUCUCGUAGAUACAGCGUAUAACUGUUGUUAUCUAGGGGUCAAUUUCUGAAACUUACGAAAAUUACAAAAGUGAGUGAAUAUUUAUAAUUUCAAUCUGUCAAUUCGCUCACUUUUGUAAUCUCCAGUUUCAGAGAUACACAAUCCAUCUCCUCAUCUUAUUUACAGAUCGGAUGUAUAUUAUAUAACCACGAAAGCUUCAUGCAUAUGACAACCAUGUGUCACGUACGAAUGCGAAUGGAGUUAGUUGAUGACGCUCCCAGUAUUGCUUGUCAGAACGUCUGGCGGGCACAAACAUCGGCCCAUUCUAAUUACGGGCAGUUCGGUCUCCUUAUACAUUCUCCAUGGUACAAGAGCAUCCCACAGGACCUGACUAUAGCACGAAACGCAACCAAAAUUUCGCAAAUCUGCGUUACCUACUUGGCAAAAUG